UUUUUUUAAUAAAAAACAAAAGUAAAUUAUCAUUAAGAGCACAUGCAAAAUACAACGAAAAUCAAUUAGUUAUUAAAAUUUAAUUAUUACGUGUAAAAUAAACUAUAGUUAUUUGAAGUUAUUAUGUAUGUGUAUGAAAAAAAAAGUUCGUAAGAAAAGAUUCUUGCUAAAUGAAUAAUUAUUUGUUUAAUGCUAAUCAUAAAAACACCGCCACGACAUCAAUUGCCUCUACAUCAUCCACGAAACAUCAGCAAUAUUCUUAUCGAGAACUGAACAGUAACAAUAGUACACCUAGAACAUCCCAUCAACACAUAGGGAUGUAUAGUCGCGAUUGGCGUUCCGCAUUGCGGACGCCGCCAACAUAUCGCAUUGGCAAUAGAACAGUACGUUUUAAUUAUCAUAUAGCAAUGCUUAUCGGAGGCGUAUGUGCACUUUUCAUAUUGUUUUAUUAUGUGCGAGGGAGUACGUCUUCGUCGGAUUCGGCUUGGCUGAAAAACUAUGCCAGUUCCACAAGUGGCCAUCGGGUUGUGGUUAGUAGUAGCAGUAUUAUGAACAGUAAAGCAAUGGUGGAUGAUGAAUUUUCUUCAUAUAAUAGUACGUAUCCGCUGACACAGCCUGUAGUGGGGAGACCAGGAGUGAUAACAUUUCGUAUAGCUAUGGUGGCUGACUUAGAUACAAACUCAAAAGUUCAAAAUAAUGGUGCUACCGUGUGGAGAAGUUAUCUUAAAAAGGGUCAUCUGUCUUAUAUAAGUUCGAAGGAUGAAAUAAUUAUCAAUUGGGAUAGUGGAGAACCGUCAGUACUUGAAUCAAGUUUUUCUCUGAAGGGACGCGGUAUGGAACUCUCAGAAAUAGUAACUUUUAAUGGUAAAAUACUUAGUUUUGAUGAUCGCACUGGUUUAAUAUAUGAUAUAACGAAUAACGAUAAACCCAUACCGUGGCUAAUACUGCUCGAUGGUAAUGGACAUAAUGCAAAAGGGUUUAAGUCAGAAUGGGCUACAGUCAAAGAUCGUUUAUUAUAUGUUGGUUCAAUGGGAAAGGAAUGGACGACGGGGACAGGAGAUUUUGAAAAUGAGAAUCCCAUGUAUGUUAAGGUAAUUUCACCUUCUGGCUCAGUGAGAUCCUUGGAUUGGUCGUAUAACUUUAAAAGAUUGCGGCAAGAGUCAUCGCAAAUAACGUGGCCGGGCUAUAUGAUACAUGAGAGUGGUGUUUGGUCGGCAGUUCAUAAAAAGUGGUUUUUCCUACCAAGAAGGUGUUCAAAGGAAAAGUACAAUGAAACUCGAGACGAACACAUGGGUUGUAACGUUUUAAUCACAGCCGAUGAAGAUUUCAAUAAAAUCGAAACAGUGCCAUUAGAUAUAAGUAAUACUCAACCCACGCAUGGAUUUUCUUCGUUUAAAUUCAUACCCGGCACUGAUGAUCGCAUUAUUGUUGCUCUCAAAACCGAAGAACUUAAUGGAAAAACUACAACAUUUAUAACAGCAUUUGAUAUACAUGGUAAAACAUUGUAUGCAGAGCAACAUAUUGAAACGGAACUAAAAUACGAAGGAUUCGAAUUUAUUUAGUUAGUAUUGCUGAUUUGAUAUUCUAAAAAAGUUUAAAAUUAUUUUAUUUUGUUGACUUGUAAGUUUUUCCUUUGUAUGUUUACAAGUAAUGUAUGUAAUUUAUUUAAUUAUUUAGAAAAUGUAUUUUUAGACAUUUUAAAUUUGUAUGUACAAUAGUUAAUAAGUUUGCGUUUUACCUAAUGUGUGAUUUAUUUUAAAAUAAUGGUGAAAACUCAUCUGAUUCCUAACAGAUAUUAAUUAUAAAAUUUGUAAUAAAAGAGAGAAGUCAUCAUGAAAAA